UGUAAUCAGUGCCAAAAAAAAAAAAGACCAACCAGGAUUACAUAAAAUCUCCACAAAUAGCAGGGAAUCCUAUAUAUACGAGGACACGAAACACAAGUGAUUGUGGUUAAUCAUAAUUAAUAUUCCGAAUAAAAAUCCAAUUAUGCCCGCCAAAAUAAUAUAACUACGAAAUAACUGGUCGUCCAUCAACACAACUCUCCCUCCAUUAUUUAUACAUGCAUGAAUUUUCAUUUGUGCAUUAAACCAAAUCCACAUCUCUUGCCCAUUAAACUCCCUCCAUUCUAUCGUUUUUCUCCACUGCCUGCAGAAAAAUGUUGGGAACAUUACUUUCAGGAGUCCUUUUGUCGGCUUUUGGGUAUCUUUACCCAGCAUACGAAUGCUUCAAGGCAGUGGAGAAAAAUCCCCCAAAUAAGGAGCAACUUAUCUUUUGGUGCCGCUACUGGAUUUUGGUUGCACUGCUAACAGUUUGUGAGAGAUUCGUGGAUGUGUUUGUAUCAUGGUUACCCUUGUAUGAUGAAGCUAAGCUAGUGUUUAUUAUAUACCUAUGGCAUCCCAAAACACGAGGGGCGGAAUAUAUAUACGAAAAUAUACUUCGACCAGUUUUAAUGAAACACGAGAAGGAAAUCGACAGAAAAUUGAUGGAAGUAUGGGUACGGGGUAAAGAUUUUGCUGUCCAAAACAUGCAGACUGUCAUUUAUUAUGGCCAGAUCAAAUUUUUUGAGAUUAUGCGGUUUCUUUCAACUCAGGCCGCGGCAACUCAGGCUGCAGCAAGCCAGGCUGCACCUGCAGCUGCAGCAGCAGAAAGAGAAAAAGCAAAGUAGAUGAUUAAAUUAGGUGGUUUCUUCUAUAUCAGUUCACAUAAUCCUGUUCCCCAACAGGCCCUCGUGCCAUUUUGUUUUUGAUAAAUAUACGUUUGAGAGAUGUGAAAAUGAUUAGAACGUCGACAUUUAUCUUAUAUUGAUCUUAUUAUAUCAAUGAUGAUUG